CUGUCUGUUCUUCGUGUCUUUUGUCAUUUAACUGUCAACUUGUCAACACAGUAACCAACAAGGGCAGUUUCUCCUCAAAAACAACCCCUUGUUCAUUAGAAUCGUUUACAUUAAAUGGUCUGGGAAUGGAGUACAAACGACAUUCUAUGGGUUCAAACUGCGAUGAUCCCCCACUCUCUCGCCUCUUUAUCGUCGGCCCUAAAUCGCUCACUGAAGAUGCCUACCGGAACCAUUUUCAAGAGUUUGGCACUAUUGAGGAGAUCUGGAUGGUCACCGAUAAGAGCACUGGCGAGAAUAAAGGUAUAACCUACGUGAAAUUCUCCAAAACCUCUGAAGCAGCCAAUGCCCUGGAAGCCAUGAAUGGUGCCCAGUUAGGGCCGGGAUCGCGCCGCAUCAAAGUGAUGAUUGCCUCUAGUCGAGACCAGGGCGCCAAACGGGAAACGAAUGAAGAGGAAAAGAUGCAGAGGCUGUUUAUAGUCUGCCCCAAGUCCAUGACUGAGGACGAGCUCUACGCUUACUUUGUCCGUUUUGGAGACGUCGAAUACGUCAGCACAAUAAAAGACCGACAAACGCGCGAAAGCAAAGGCAUUGCCUUCGUCAAAUAUUACAAGUUCUCACAUGCGGCCCGAGCUUUCGAGGAGUGCGACCGCAAGUACAAGGCGGUGUUUGCCGAGCCCAAACACUCAGAACCGGUGCCCAAGCGAGGCGAAGGCCGAGAUUUCUUCGGAGCGCCUUCGCCAAACCUCCUGCCCGGCCCUGCUAGAGGCUCCGGUUUCAACAGCUACCCCCUGAACGGGUCCCCCAACCUUCCAGGACCUUCCGGACUGAAUGAGGGCUACAACAAGUUGACGGUCGUCGCUAGCGCCGACUUGAACCAGGAUCAGCUUUGGAAGCUGUUCGACAUUGUGCCUGGAUUGGAUUAUUGCGAAAUCAAGUACCAGGGCGGCCAUAUGCGGGCUAUCGGGGAAGUGGUCUACAAGUCGCCCCAAUGGGCGGCCCAUGCUCGCGAGAAGUUGCAUGGGUUUGAGUACCCGCCGGGAUUUCGCCUUAUCGUAAAGCCCUUGGUGGACGGAUUAUCGCCAGCUGAUGGCCGGGAGCUGCCGGAGGAGCGCAAGAACCUGCUUCACAUUGCGGAGACGAUUGCUCAAGCGUCCAGCCUGAUCCAGGCCGCAGGCCUCAAUCCAUGUAAGUUGUAUGGAUGAUUCGCCUGCCUUUAUUGAGUUAUUCACUGUGUAGCUGCGCUGCUCAAUCUCGGCGGUUUGGCUGAUUCUGGUCCACAAAUCCAGUGCAGUGUCAACUUGCCAGAUCCCCGUCCAUUGGCGGAUAUUGAUGAUGAGUGCGUCGCCAGGUGCUUCAUCGUCUGCACAACCCCGCUGCCUAACCAGAUCCUGAGGGACAUUUUCUGCCGGUUCGGCAACCUAAUCGAGGCAUACAUGCUGACCAAUCGGAAUUGCGGCUACGCCCGCUACACCGAUCGGGGUUCUUGCGAGCAUGCCAUCAAGACUCUCCAUGGGGCGGACAUUAACGGGGUGCGGAUAAAGGUGAUGGUGGCAGAGGAGCAGCGGAAGAGGCCCCGAACGGACGACGGACAUUCCAUCUACUAGACCUGUAAGUGUGGGUUUUUGGGUAAUUUGCUCAACAAAAUACUGGAUCUUGCGGCUCAGCUUCAUUCGUCUUGCGGACAAGUUUGGCAAAAAUCUCGUCAGUUUAACCGCGCAAAAAUGUUGAACUGACGCGAAUGAAAAAAACUCUUAUAUGUUCAUCUCUAGUGCAAAUGUAGUAGCAGGAAAUGAGCUGAUCCAGGACAUUGUAGAGCAAAUUCUUCAAGUACAGGUAAUGGGUUUUACUAAUGUGCAGAUUAACCGCCUAAUUGCCCAGAUUUUAGCCCAACAGCUCAAGGUUCACCGGUGGUAAACAACCGUCUUUACUUGUUUGUUCUCGAAUGAGGCAACUUUUCUACAGGGUUUCACUGCGACUGACUGAAGUUUGUUUUUUUGUUUUGUUGAAGGCACACCAGACGGGACGGACUUAUUGACCCCGUACAGAUGAGUGACCUACAGACGAUGAAUUUACCACAAAUUACUUUUGACUACGCUACUACCUACUUUUCGUUAAUCUGGGGGGUUAAGUAAUUGUUUCGUCAGGCCAUAUUUUAACACGUUUCUUACGAAAAGUUGACAUAAUUUUUUUAUUUUUUUCUAAGCAAAGGCGAAUAAAUACGUUUUCUCACUGUG